CUCUUUGACUGUGUAGUAAUUUCACAUUAAUGUGUUUGCCAGCUAUGACGAUCAUCAUCACUGAAUGGAGAACCAAGUACAGACGAGAAAUGAAUCGGAUGGAUAACGCUGCCAAGGCCAAGGCUGUGGACUCCUUGUUAAACUUUGAGACGGUAAAAUACUACAAUGCAGAGAACUAUGAGGUCGGCCGGUUUGAGGGUGCAAUCUUAAAUUAUCAGGCUUCAGAGUGGAGGGCGCAGGCAUCUCUGGCCUUGCUCAAUCAAACCCAGAAUGUCGUCAUUGGAUUAGGACUGCUAGCAGGCUCCUUGCUCUGUGCAUACUUUGUCACAGAGGGCAAGUUUCAGGUUGGAGAUUAUGUUCUCUUCGGUACCUACAUCAUCCAAAUGUACAUUCCACUCAACUGGUUUGGAACAUACUACAG